UAUCGCUCUAGUCCAGCUUUCUCCCCUUCAGUUUGAAGAAGGGACCUGACCCUUGUGGGUAACUCGGUGCUCUCCCCGGUAAAGGCAUUUGCUCCGGCCGGCGGUUUCCGGCCCCGCCUUCCCUCGGGGGCACAUCUCCGCUCCGGCCACUUCACUCGGGCUCAAUCCUCCAGCAGCGGCGCGGAUGGCAGAGGGACGAGGUGGCGGCGACUGGGUGUCGACCGCCGUUGAAGCUGUGCGCUACUUUGGGCUGAAUAACUGGAACAAGCUGCGAUGGGGCCGCGAGUCGGGGAGAGCCUGGUCUCGUCCUGCGUCCACUCGGCCCGAGAGACCAAAGGUCGACCUGGAAAUGACUUCUCCCCCGGAUGGAAAGGACAGAUGCACUCCUCCUGAGCCCACAACAUAUUACAAUGCCAUUUAUGAGCUUCAGAAGAGGGUGGAGAACAAAGGUCCAAAUCCAUCAUUGUAUUCAGAAGACGACUGCAGCAUCGGAUGCGGUGAGCCGGUUAGUAAAGAUCACCAGGACGUGGACGGGGCCCUGGGGAACGCAAAAUUGACUGAGCGGCAGGGCAGCAUAAUCAGAACCCAUGAAAUAUACAAGCAGGAGCUGUGGUGGAAGAGUUCCCAUCAACCUGCCCACCAGCCUGCGUCACCAGCAGCAACUCCACAGCACAAAACACACAACAACCACAAAACCAAGGCACAGGACCCAGCACUGGGAAUGGCUCGCUUCGGCAGCGAUGUGUCGGCGCGGUACGGAGGGAGUCCGGCGGGCGGGGGCAGAGGUGGUGCAAACCGCCAGGGUGGUGGUCCCCAAGCCGGGCAGCGAGGCAUGUACGGCUCCAAGUCAAUGGCUCAAAGAGCCCGGACCAUGGCUCUUUACAACCCCAUCCCCGUCCGUCAGAACUGCUGCACAGUCAACAGAUCACUUUUUAUAUUCAGCGAAGACAAUAUCAUCCGCAAAUAUGCCAAACGGAUAACCGAGUGGCCUCCAUUUGAAUACAUGAUAUUAGCGACUAUUAUUGCAAACUGCAUCGUGUUGGCCUUGGAGCAACAUCUUCCAGAUGGAGAUAAGACACCCAUGUCAGAGAGACUGGAUGAUACUGAGCCUUAUUUCAUUGGGAUAUUUUGCUUUGAAGCUGGCAUCAAAAUCAUUGCUCUCGGAUUCGCUUUUCAUAAAGGUUCCUACCUUCGAAAUGGCUGGAAUGUGAUGGAUUUUGUGGUCGUUCUCACCGGGAUUUUGGCCACUGUUGGGACGGACUUUGAUCUGCGAACCUUGAGGGCUGUUCGAGUACUACGACCGCUGAAACUAGUGUCAGGAAUUCCAAGUUUGCAAGUUGUAUUAAAGUCGAUAAUGAAGGCAAUGGUGCCACUGCUUCAGAUUGGGCUUCUCCUGUUCUUUGCCAUCGUUAUGUUUGCCAUUAUCGGUCUGGAGUUCUACAUGGGAAAAUUUCACACAACCUGCUUCAGUGAAGAAACAAAUCAGCCAGUGGAAGAAUUUCCAUGUGGGAUUGCUGCUCCUUCACGAUUGUGUCCGAAUGGAACCAUUUGUAGUGGCUACUGGAAUGGACCCAACUAUGGGAUUACAAAUUUCGACAACAUCCUAUUUGCUGUUCUCACAGUCUUCCAGUGCAUCACCAUGGAAGGGUGGACUGACAUUCUUUACAAUGCUAAUGAUGCCUCGGGGAACACCUGGAACUGGCUCUAUUUCAUCCCUCUGAUCGUCAUUGGAUCUUUCUUCAUGCUCAAUCUUGUUCUGGGUGUGUUGUCAGGCGAGUUUGCAAAGGAAAGGGAAAGGGUGGAGAACAGACGGGCAUUUCUAAAACUAAGAAGACAACAGCAGGUAGAGCAAGAGUUCAACAGGUAUCUGCGUUGGAUCCAUAUAGCUGAGGAGGUCAUGCUGGCAGAGGAGGACAAAAAUGCAGAAGACAAGUGUGCUUUGGAUGUUUUGAAGAGAGCAACGACAAAAAAGAGUAAGAAUGACCUGAUAAAUGCUGAGGAGGGAGAAGAUCACUUCACAGACAUUUCCUCAGUGGGACCUGGAGCGGACCCGAAGCCUGCAGCAGUUUCUGUAGAUGACGCCAGCAGCAGGUUUACUCGGCCCAGCCUGAAAAGCGUCAAAAACGAGAGAUCUUCCUAUUUCCGAAGGAAGGAGAAGAGGUUUCGAUUCUUCAUUCGGCGCAUGGUGAAAUCGCAAAGCUUUUAUUGGAUUGUCCUCUGUGUGGUGGGGCUAAACACUCUCUGUGUGGCAAUUGUACACCAUGACCAGCCAUUGUGGCUCACUGAGGCACUAUAUUUUGCUGAGUUUGUUUUCCUUGGGCUUUUUCUGACUGAGAUGUCCUUGAAGAUGUAUGGUCUGGGCCCAAGAAAUUACUUCCAUUCUUCGUUCAACUGUUUUGAUUUUGGGGUAAUAGUCGGCAGUAUAUUUGAAGUCAUCUGGGCGGCUGUCAAACCAGGUACCUCGUUUGGUAUAAGUGUUCUCAGAGCACUUCGAUUACUCAGAAUCUUCAAAGUAACCAAGUACUGGAACUCAUUGCGUAAUCUGGUGGUGUCUCUGCUGAACUCCAUGAAGUCCAUUAUCAGCCUGCUCUUCCUGCUUUUCCUGUUCAUUGUGGUCUUUGCCUUACUUGGAAUGCAACUCUUUGGAGGACAGUUUAAUUUUGAAGAUGGGACCCCUCCAACAAAUUUUGACACAUUUCCUGCUGCGAUUCUGACGGUGUUCCAGGUCCUGACAGGAGAAGACUGGAACGCGGUUAUGUAUUUUGGAAUUGAAUCACAAGGAGGAGUAAAGAGGGGGAUGUUUUCUUCCGUUUAUUUUAUUAUCUUGACACUGUUUGGUAAUUAUACCCUUCUCAAUGUCUUCUUGGCCAUUGCUGUUGACAACCUGGCAAAUGCACAGGAGCUAACAAAGGAUGAAGAAGAGAUGGAAGAAGCCAAUAUCCAGAAAAAUACCAUUCAAAAGGCAAUGGAGGUUGCAGAUGUCAGCCCAAUAUCUGCGACAAAUUUAUCGAUAGCAGCUUUUGUAAAGCAAAAUCGAGGUGCUCUAUCUCGCAGCUCAUCAGUCUCCAGCGUAAAUUCACCCAAAGAUCAACAAAAGUCGUUCAAGUCCAUGUCCGUUUGGGAACAGAGGACUUCCCAACUGAGGCGUCAGCACCUCCUAACCAGUCAGGAGGCCCUCUUCAAUGAGCUGGAUGAAGAGCAGCGCAGAAUGUAUGUCUCUUCCCAUCAGAUCCGCCCGGAUAUGAAGACCCACCUGGAUCGACCUUUGGUGGUGGAACCCAGGAACAAUGUAAGGAAGGGCAGCGAUAAGAUGCGCCCCAUUGACUGCCAGGACAGUGAGCAAGAGAGGCUGGUGCAGCCCGAGGACUGUGAGGCGCCAAAGCGGCCCCAUCGGCACCGAGACAAGCCGGGGGAGCAGGACAAGGACAAGGGAGACGGUGCCCCGGAGCCGGCAGAGACCGUGGCCCACAGCAAGGACGAGCAGCGGCGUUCCCACAGGAGCCGGAACAAGGAGACGGAGAAAGAGCAGGAAGAGACGGCCAAGGAGGGGAAGGGCGAGCGCAGCAGGAGCCGGGAAGGAGGGCGGAGGCACCACCACCACGCGCAGGGCACGGCGGGCGAUGCCCCCGAGAGGGAGCACAAGCGACACCGGUCCCACCGGCACGGCGGCGAGCAGCAGCACCGGGAGGGCAACGGCACGGCCAACGGCACCAAGGCCGAGAGGCGCAGCCGGGCCAAGGACGGCUCGCGCUCCAGCACGCGGGAGGGCGACGCACCCGGCAAAGGCCAGAAUGCGGAGGGAGCAGAGAGACGGCGUAGGCACAGGCAGAAAGCUCUCUCCACCUACGAGUCAGAGGAGAAGAGAGACAAUGGCGAGAAGGAGGGGGAGACUGUUCUACGAGAACGGUGGAACCACAAAGUGAAGGAGGUCCAGCCACCACCGGACAGCAUCGUGCUGGGCACAACCUCGCUGCCACCCAUGAAGCACCUGCCCCAGCAACCAGAGGAUGCCGACAACCAGAAGAACAUCAAGCUGGUGACGCUGCCCACACGAGAUGCCGAGCACCCCGUCACCAUCAACAUCCCGGUUACCGUCACGGCACCACCUGGAGAGACGACACUCCCAAUCAACAACGUCAGCGUUGAUUUGGAAAGUAUGACGAAAGCGGAGGAGAAGAAGGCGGGGGACGCCGAUGAUUUGAUGAGGGACGGGCGGCGGCAGAUUCCGCCCUUCAGUUCCAUGUUCAUCUUCAGCCCAACCAACCCUGUUCGCAGAGCAUGCCACUACGUUGUAAAUCUGCGCUACUUUGAGAUGUGCAUCCUGCUGGUGAUAACAAUGAGCAGCAUCGCAUUGGCAGCGGAGGACCCUGUACAGGCCGACUCACCCAGUAACAAUGUUCUGAAGUACCUGGACUAUGUGUUCACUGGGGUCUUUACUUUCGAAAUGGUGAUUAAGAUGAUUAAUUUAGGUCUGAUACUUCAUCCUGGCUCUUACUUUCGUGAUCUUUGGAACAUUCUGGACUUCAUUGUUGUCAGCGGAGCUCUUGUGGCCUUUGCCUUCACGAGUUUUCUCGGUGGAACCAAAGGGAAGGACCUCAACACCAUCAAGUCGCUGCGGGUUCUCCGGGUCCUACGGCCACUGAAGACCAUCAAACGUCUGCCUAAGUUGAAGGCUGUCUUUGACUGUGUGGUGAACUCCCUGAAGAAUGUCCUGAACAUCCUCAUCGUUUAUAUGCUCUUCAUGUUCAUCUUUGCUGUCAUUGCCGUGCAGCUCUUCAAGGGUAAAUUCUUCUACUGCACUGACGAGUCCAAGGAUUUGGAAAAGGAUUGCAGGGGUCAAUAUCUCGUUUAUGACAACGAUGAUAUUGAGGCAGAACCUCGAGAAUGGAGGAAAUAUGAUUUCCACUACGAUAAUGUGCUGUGGGCCCUGCUAACACUAUUCACAGUGUCGACUGGCGAAGGGUGGCCAACGAUUUUAAAGCACUCUGUGGAUGCUACGGAUGAAGACCAGGGACCCAGCCCCAGCUACCGCAUGGAAAUGUCCAUAUUUUAUGUUGUGUAUUUUGUUGUGUUUCCAUUUUUCUUUGUGAAUAUUUUUGUUGCUCUGAUUAUCAUUACAUUCCAGGAACAGGGUGAUAAGGUGAUGUCUGAGUGCAGCCUGGAGAAAAAUGAGAGAGCGUGCAUUGAUUUUGCUAUAAGUGCCAGGCCGCUAACUCGGUACAUGCCACAGAACAAGCAAACUUUCCAGUACAAGAUGUGGAGAUUUGUGGUCUCUCCGCCUUUUGAAUAUUUCAUCAUGGCCAUGAUUGCGCUCAAUACCAUCGUGCUGAUGAUGAAGUUCUAUAAUGCUCCUGAGCCAUAUGACAGAAUGCUGCAAUACCUGAACAUACUAUUCACAUUUCUGUUCUCCAUGGAGUGUGUGUUGAAGCUUAUUGCCUUUGGUAUUCUGAAUUACUUCCGUGAUGCAUGGAAUGUGUUUGACUUUGUAACUGUACUGGGAAGUAUAACUGACAUUUUAGUCACUGAACUGGUGCGACUGAAUAACUUUAUCAAUCUCAGCUUUCUACGGUUAUUCAGAGCAGCACGACUCAUCAAGCUCCUCCGCCAGGGAUACACCAUCCGUAUUCUGCUCUGGACAUUUGUGCAAUCUUUUAAGGCAUUACCGUAUGUUUGUCUACUGAUUGCAAUGCUGUUUUUCAUCUAUGCUAUUAUUGGAAUGCAGGUAUUUGGCAACAUUGCGCUGGAUGAUGACAGUGCAAUUAAUCGUCACAACAAUUUUAGAACCUUCCUACAAGCAGUUAUGCUUUUAUUCAGGAGUGCCACUGGUGAAGGCUGGCAAGAAAUAAUGCUGGCAUGUUUGAGUAAAAGCCCAUGUGAUCCUCGAUCGGGCAUAGACAGAGACGAGUGUGGAAGCGAUUUUGCCUAUUUCUACUUUGUGUCCUUCAUUUUCCUUUGUUCUUUCCUGAUGCUGAAUCUUUUUGUAGCUGUCAUUAUGGACAAUUUUGAAUAUUUAACCAGAGACUCUUCUAUCUUGGGACCUCAUCACUUGGAUGAGUUCAUCCGAGUCUGGGCUGACUAUGAUCCAGGAGCCUGUGGCCGCAUCACUUACAAUGACAUGUAUGAGAUGCUGAGACACAUGUGUCCACCCUUAGGUCUGGGAAAGAAAUGUCCUGCCAGAGUCGCCUACAAGCGGCUUGUGAGAAUGAACAUGCCGAUAGCUGAAGAUGGCUCCGUGCAUUUCACAUCGACCCUGAUGGCAUUGAUUAGAACAGCCCUGGACGUCAAAAUUGCUGCAGGAGGAGCAUUCCAGCACCAAUGUGAUGCCGAGCUGAGGAAAGAAAUAAUUGCUGUCUGGCCAAACCUAUCCCAGAAGGUUCUGGACAUCCUGGUGCCUCCCCAUCGACCUACAGAGUUGACAGUGGGGAAAGUCUAUGCAGCGCUGAUGAUUUUUGAUUACUACAAACAGAACAAAAGUAAAAGAAUGCAGCAACAGCAGCCUGGCGGCUUGUCACAGACUCGAUCAUCGUUCUUUCAGCGUGUAGUGGGAGCCCUGACACCAACGCAAGAAGAACCCCCCACCUACAAUGACACGUCGCGACAAAAGAACUCGCACAACAAUGGCGGCAAUGCUCUAUACCAAGGCAGUGGACGAAAAGAAUCCUCGUCCUGGAGGAUCCGAGAGGCUUACGUUGAGGGUAAAAUGCAAAUGUCUGAGAGUGGUCAGGUUGAAGGGACUCCAGUCACCCAGACCAGCCCUCAGGCCGUGGAGAUGAGGGAGAUGGGCUAUGAUGUGGAUCAGGUGGAUCAGCCCAGCCUGGAUAGUCACGGCCGCGCGGCAUCCAUGCCUCGACUCACGGCGGAGACCCCGAAAAUAUCUCGAUCAUCUGGGAGUGUCCUUGCCCCGAUCCCAGACACAAGCCCCAUGAAGCGCUCCGUAUCUACGCUGACCCCACAGCGCUCUCGUGGGAUGCAUCUGCCCGAUUACUCCCUGGAGCGGGUUGUGCCAGUGCGAAUGCCACAUCACCACCACCACCACCAUCGCUGCCAUCGCAGGAGAGAGAAAAAGCAGCGAUCGCUCGAAAGAUCUCCCAGCAGAGAAGUUGACGGAGAAACAGGCCAACUGGAUGAGCUCAGUUCUGCAGCUCAGCCAAGGGACCAUUCGUCAAAGGAGCGCGAGCGGGGUAGGUCACAGGAGCGCAAACCUCCGUCCUCCACCGAGAAGCAGCGCUACUACUCCUGUGAUCGGUACGGCAGUCGGGAGCCCCCACAGCCCACCUCUGCUGACCACAGCCGGUCGACAUCGCCGAGCGAUGGCCCAGAGCACAGGCUCCACAGACAGGGCAGUGGUUCGGUUAACGGCAGCCUCCUGCAGCUGGUGUCUGGCACCAGUACCCCGUGCCGCGGGCGCCGGCAGCUUCCCGCAACACCACUCACGCCGCGCCCCAACGUUACCUACAAGACUGCCAACUCAUCCCCGGCUCACUUCAACGCCUCGCCGCCCAGCCCCCCGGGCAGACUGAGCCGCGGGCGGUCGGAACACAACAACCUGCUGUGCGGUGAGUCGCUGGGCCACUGCCUCGCUGGCGGCGAGUGCAGGCAGCCGACGGUGACCCGCAUCAGCUCCGACCCUUCCCUGGGCCACCGCACCAGCAGCGAGGAGCAGCAACUUUUGGAGGAGACUCUGACCUUCGAGGUCGCCCUGGCCACUACCGCCGGCAGGUCCCCCAGGACAUCCUGCGUCUCGUCCUUCAUCCCUCAACCUCAGCAGAGCCGCCGGGUCCCGAACGGUUAUCAUUGCAACCUGGGAACGGGUGCUGGCACGGCCGAGCGGAGAUUCUACCGUGAGACAGAUGAGGAGGACUGGUGCUAGUGUGCGGGCAGUUCAAGACUCUUACAGAUUAUGCAUUAACGUGAUGAGUUUUAUCAUCUGCAGGGUGUUCUGUCAGAGCUCAGAGAGAGAGAGAGAAGAGAGUGUGUGUGUGUAAGUGAGCGUGUUCAUAUGCAGCGUUUGUGGGGAUUUAGACACUGGAAAAUGGUUCCAGGAGUUUUUUUUUUCAAAAGUUGCUUCAACUUGUUUUUUGCACUGAAUUUGCAAGUGAAAACCGGUUUCACUUGAAGCGAAGAAAACACACACACACACUCACACAAAACGGUUUCAUUCUAGAAAACGUGUUAUUUGUUUUUCUAUCUCUCCCUACAUUGGCUAUUUCAGAAAAAAAACAACAGAUGCCAAAUUUAUUAUAUAAAUAUGUAAAUAAAAGCUGGGGUGAGGGGAGAAGAAGACCUGAUGAAAUAGGAUAGCCUGAACUCGAGAACCUCUGUACAAGCGGUGAAGGAGAUGGUGGCUUCGCAGUAGAAGUUGUGAGAAGGGUUCUGUUUUACCCCAUUGACUUUGAAUGCCAGAGGGAGGUUGUGGGAGAAAGACAGAGAGAGGACGCCGUAUUUAAAAUGCAUUAUCGAGAGACUAAACAAUGACAGCAAAAGAUUUUACACGUUGGACUUGUUGUCAUUAACAGGGAAUAAAACGUCUUGAACGGAGCCGGUAAACAAAUGUCUGCUCUCGAACUGCACUAAGCCGCCACAUCUCUGCAGUGUUCUCAUCCGCACCAGGACCUUUCCUGACCUGGUCAGAUCCAGGCUGUGAAAGUGUCGGCACCACUUUUUUCAGGUCCGGAGUCCUUUCUGCGUGCCGCUUUUCAUACUUCCUUUAAAAACAAUUCUCGUCAGUUUUCUUCACCUUUAUAUCUACCUUCUGGUCUUUUUUUGUUUCCACUCACCGUAGCUUCAACGUGACUCGUGAUCCUAGUUGCACAACUUUUUAUCUUGUCGAAUCUCCUGUGAGUCGCCUCAUAUAAUUGAUUGCAGGGGCUUCAUGCCGUUCACCUCUAAAGCGCGUAAGAAGUUGGGCAUGUGUAUGGACUUAGCCUGCCUUUGUUGUGUCAUUGCUUCCCACACUUUGUAUUUAUCGCUCCAACUGUUGAAUUCCAAGUGCCUAACGUUUUAAAUAACUCAUGAGAGAAGAUUCCGCCACUUGCUACUACUGUGCAUCUCGGAGUACAGGAGACCCCAGGGAAUGUACCUCUUGAAAACAGGUUUGCCCUCAUGGAAGCUGUCGGGACAGAAGACGCUGCCUGUCUGAGCGACCAACAGGUCUGCGAGUCAAAACAUGGCACUGAAGCAAAGCCGAAGAGACAGACGUCUAUUGGGUACAUGUUGCAGCAGGAGUUAAAAUUGGCUUGUAACAGAGGUGAUGCCACUGUGGUUAUCUGUGAUUUCAAUAUGCAGGUAGAGUGGGAAAAUCAGGUUGGUUCUGGACCCCAAGAAAGGGAGUUUAUGAAGUAUCUCCGAGAUGGAUUCUCAGAGCAGCUUGUACUGGAGCUUACCAGAGAGAAGACAAUUCUGGAUUUAGUAUUGUCUAAUGAACCAGAUUUAAUAAAUUGAACUCAAGGUAAAGGAACCGCUAGGAGGUAGUGACCAUAAUAUGAUAAGUUUUAAUCUGUUAUUUGAGAGGGAGAAGGUUAAAUCGGAAGUGUCAGUAUUGCAGUUGAACAAAGGGGACUAUGAAGGCGUGAGAGAGGAGCUGGCCAAGAUCGACUGGAAAAGGAUCCUAACAGGAAUGAUGGUGGAACAGCAAUGGCAGGAAUUUCUGGGCAUAAUCCAGAAGAUGCAGGAUCAUUUCAUUCCAAAGAGGAAGAAAGAUUCUAAGGGUAAUAGGAGGCAACUGUGGCUGACAAGGGAAGUUAGGGAUGGAAUAAAACUAAAAGAAAAGGUGUAUAACAUAGCAAAAAGUAGCGGGAAGCCAGAGGAUUGGAAAACUUUCAAAGGACAACAGAAGGUAACAAAAAGGGCAAUAGGGGGUGAAAAGAUGACGUAUGAGGGUAAGCUGGCCAAGAAUAUAAAGAAGGAUAGUAAAAGCUUUUGGUAUGUUUAGGGAAAAAGAUUAGUGAAGACAAAUGAUCACAAUGAAUGGCGGUGUUGGCUCGAAAGGCCAAAUGGCCUCCUCCUGCACCUAUUUUCUAUGUUUCUAUAUUUCUAACAUGCAAGUGGGACCCAGGGGAGGUAUGGCUGAAAAACAGAGGUGACCAGUUAAUGGCGGCUUCACGGCAAAAUACCUGCAAAUUGUACUUUGAUAAACAGACUUGAAUGACGUUGCAAAAAUGAAAUUUGAAACACAAAGCCAAAAGACUUUAUUUAGUGUUGGUGAGCAGAUCUGGGCUUUAAUCUCUUCUGAAGUUAAAACAGGAAGACUAUACUAAAAGAAUGCAAGCCAGCACGGCAUCAUGUCUGCUGUCUAUAACUUUCACAGUGCAUGUCCCGUCUUUUAAAACUUGGUCGUGGAGGUUCUGAGCACAUGUUUUAUGGUAUACAGUUUCUAUGUUGUAAGGAUACAUGAGAAAACAUUGUGUGUUGCCUUUGUAAUGUAAGUCUUUAAAAAAAAAAAAAAAAAAAAUUGUUGGAAAUAGAUUACAAAAUGUGCACUUUGGUGAGUCAAAUAUUUGGAGCGAGGAGGUUGGAUCACAGAGGGGAGUCGGGGUGUUUGUCAAGAGGGCCAAGCAACAACAGGAUAUUUUGUCAGGCAAAAAAACAACCAUUCAUUCAGUUGCUUUAACUGUUGGAUUCUCCAUUGACAGACUUCCGCAUGACAGUGACCAAAUGUUUUAUACAUUUCCUUAUAACAAAGGCACAACAAAAUUUUGAAGCAAACCGAUUAUUGACUGUGGAGGGGUGGGAGGGGGGAUAUACUAUUAAUUAUACAAUUGUUCCUGGAACGUUUCACAGGACUUUUUAAGUCAAACUUACAUCUUGAAUAAUGCAUGCACCAUUGUACUCAUUAAUUAUAGGACUACUUCUGUGCGGAAGGGUUGGAAUUUUUCUUCCCAAAGAGUCUCCCGUUCUUUUUGCAAGUGACAAUUUGUGAUGUGACAUCUGAGUCCAUUUUGUGACCGAGGGAAAUGUUGUCUAGGUUGAACAACAGUAGACAGAAGUGUCAGCACCUUUAUUUGAAACCGCACUCUCCCAAGUCAGUAUUGUGGGGCUGCUAUGGGGCAAGCGUUGAACGACUGAACCAAAUGGCAAACGUUAGUUUGUUCAGCGUCAAACUGUUCCCUGUGGCCUCUGACUUUUCUGUGUGGAACAGAAAACGACAGUUAAUCAAACUGCACUCUUUCCUUCCAUCCAUUACAGCAGGUUGCCAAAUGCAAGAUCCACCCAACUAUUUUCACAUCUAGGGUCCAGUUUACUUAUGGUUGUACUUUGAUGAAAUAAUGUGAGCAUGUGAUAGAGGUAUGUGCAUGAAAUAUUGUUUAUCCUGGUGCCAGGUUUUUGAUACAAUGUAUUCAUCAGCUAUUCAUUUUUAACAAAGGGAAGAAGAAAAAAACAUUUGAUAUAAAUUUGGGAGUUUGAUGCGACAACUUUAUAUAUAUAUAUAAAACAAUGUUGGGAAAGAUAACAAGUUCCAACCCUGCAACAUUGCUGGAGCCUAUCAGAUCCUGUGAUGACCAGUUUGCUGCCUGAAUCAGCCAAACUUUGAACUUCUGCAGUUUCUACAGUUACAUUUUGUAUGAGGCAGAAUCCUUGAAUUAAAUAAACCUUAGGAGGAAACUUUCACAUGCUUCAUGUGUUUCUAAUUUGCACAAUUUUUAAACAGAACCUCUGCAAAUCUUUUUUAAAAGAAAGAUGAUAUUGUUAAUUGGCUUUAUUGCAUUAACUACUAUGUUGAGAAUGUAUGAAUGUUUUGAAAUUAUAUAAAGAUGCAUUUGCCGAGCGGUUCUUGUGUCUUUUAUUGAUGGUUUACACUUGAACCAAAAAGAACACAACCCUAAUUGUAAUUGGGAGAAAAUACUGUUACACAUUACAGUUUUUUGUUUUAUGCAACUGAGAGGAACUGCAUGUCAUGCCCUUAGCCUGAAUAUUGUAUUAGCCUCUUGCCCUGCUGUGUCUUUUAAUAUCACUUCCUGUCUACAAAAAAAAAUCUUCCAUGUGGGAAGUGGUUUAACCAAAAAGAAAACAUGGAUUUUUUUGGAAUGUUUAAGAUUCUUUUUAUUUCAUUCACGCAUGACUGUUUAAAUAAAGCUUAUUGGGGAUGAAAAAAAAAUCUCUAUUGUAAAUUGGUUGCAAAGUAAAAGAGCUGUCCAUCGCAGCGAGCAAUGAAUUUCUUGGACAGAACAGCAUCAUUAUUUCUCAGAGGAAAUAAGAUGGGUAUUUGCACUGGCAUGAAGUGAUUUUGGGUUCCUGCAGCCUGGGCUGUGCUCUGAUGGAUGCCAAGUGGCCUUUCUAGCGUUCUGAAAAAUAGUUGGGGUUGAGUUGUCAUUUUAAAGGGGCUGUGUCAUCCUAAGGGCAGGCCUUAGCUGACGGUUAUCAUAGCAACAGAUUUCUUUCUGACAGCACACGGCAUACAUCAACCAUUGGGCUUUUUGGAAAUUCAGAAUUUUUAUUUUGAAGACGCAGAAUGACUUUUUUGACUGUUCCUGGAAUUUGACCAGUGCCUGAAAGUCAGGUUCCUCACUCUGCCAGUCCUCCAGAUCAGAUGGUAGCGACUGCUCACUUGGCCGCCUGUCCAUUAUAACCCGGCCUGUUCUCCCACUAAAAUUACUGAGCAGACAAAAUGUUUUUUUUUUUACGGCUCUUGAAUCUUUAGAAACAGUCAAGAAACUCUCCACGUUUGAAAGAGGUCCUGACAUGGCCUCUGUAUCCAUGCCCAGGGCAGCAUCAGUGUGUGGAAAGCCACUAAUCCCCACACCACCUCUAUCACAAAGUGCAGCUCACGAGCCACUAAAAAGAAUCCUGAUGACAUAGGCCUUUUAAGAAGUCAGUAAUAUUGUAAAACAAUUACAUGUAUCUUCAUUCUGUACGUCCAGUUGAACCCUGUUAAGAUCAAGUCAGUGUUGUUGAAGAUGAGUUGCUCGGACUCGAGCUUCGUCUUAUCUAACGUGUUUUGAUGGUAGAUUUUACGCGUUUUAAAAAUUGUAACAGCUUGUCAGGGAACAAACUGGAAUGGAGUCUACUGUAUGUAAACUGGUUUCCAAUGAGAGUAACCCUCAGUGGGCUAUGAUGCCUGAUGUCUAACUGAGGGCGAUCUAUCACACUGGAGGUCACUCUCUAACUGUUGGUGGCAGUACAGUAUUACAGUAUAUACAGAAUACUAUAUCCCCUGUGUUUCUCAAAAAUAAACCUUAUACUUUGCACAUUCUGGCAUCAGAACGUGCGUGUUAUUUUUCAUCCACAUUUGCACUGCACGCAUUGCGAUUUUUGUUUCCUGCUGUUGAAGAAUACUGUAAAGGCAAAUUACCUUUCCAGCAAGUCUGAAGAAUAGUUAAGGUUGAGUUUUCACAUGGCACAGCACAAGAACAGCACCUGCGGCCUACAAUGUCUGUUGCGACCAUGAUGCAAAGAUCAUCUCGUAUCUACCUGUGCAUAGUCCAUGUACCUCUAUUCCUCACAUAUCCAUGUGCCUCUUUUAUGCCACUAUUGUAUCUGCAUCAACCAACAGAUCCGGCAGUGCGUUCAAGGAGUCUCUCACCACACUCUCUGUCAAAGAAAGGUGCCCCUUUAAUCUUUGCUCCUCUCACAUUAACGCUAUGCCCUCAAGUGUUUUUUUCCCAUUCUGGGAACCAACAAGGUUCUCACUGUCUAAUCCAAUCGACUUGGUGCUGCCAACUUGCCCCGUGAAAGAGUUGCCCAUUUCAUUGUUUUUAUGAUGUAAAUAUUAAUGAGAUUUCAACUCCAGACUUUGUCUUUCUUGCACAUUCCCAAUCGUGUGGGAGUAAUGAACAAUUCUUGUGUGAAAGGCUGGCAUGCAAGCUGGUGGUGAGUUCUCACAAACCUUCAUUCACUCUCCUGUCUCACUGGUUAAGAAUAUAG